CACACCUGUCUGGCUGGUUGGAUUGGCUGAGGGAGGGAGGAAGGAACCAACUGUAAAGUCUGCAGUUACUCCAUCAUGAUGACAACAUCCUCAGUUUAACUUUUGAUACCUGUUGAGAGCAGUGAGGAAAAGACAGAAAGAGAGAAAAGGGGAAAAGUGUGUAACAAGGAACAACAAGAUAGAGGAGGGGGAGACUGACAGAAGACAGGACACUGGACAUUAUCCACUUGGAAGUCUCAAGGACUACAGAACAGCUGCAGAGCUCCAGACCAGUAGCCCUACCAGCCAGCCCUACCGUCUCCCCUGCAGAGCUACAGACCAGUAGCCCUACCAGCCAGCCCUACCGUCUCCCCUGCAGAGCUACAGACCAGUAGCCCUACCGUCUCCCCUGCAGAGCUCCAGACCAGUAGCCCUACCAUCUCCCCUGCAGAGCUCCAGACCAGUAGCCCUACCAGCCAGCCCUACCGUCUCCCCUGCAGAGCUACAGACCAGUAGCCCUACCGUCUCCCCUGCAGAGCUCCAGACCAGUAGCCCUACCAGCCAGCCCUACCGUCUCCCCAGCAGAGGUCCAGACCAGUAGCCCUACCAGCCAGGCUUACCGUCUCCCCAGCAGAGGUCCAGACCACUAGCUCUACCAUUUUCCCCAGAAUGGCUCUCUCCGGACCGGGUGGCUUCCUCUCUGAGGAUCAGUUCAUCUGUUCUAUCUGCCUGGAUGUGUUCACCAACCCAGUCUCCACACCCUGUGGUCACAGCUACUGUCUGGACUGCAUCUCCACCUACUGGGAUGGAGGAGGGAAGACGUGUGUGUGCCCGCUGUGUAAGGAGAGCUUCAGGAAGAGGCCGGAACUUCACAUCAACCGCACCCUGAAGGAGAUCACCGAGCAGUUUAAGAAGAUGGCAGACGGAUUGGACCGGGGGGCCAUGGUGUUUGAAGGAGGGAUUGAGAGUCAAGGUUGGGGUGGCGGUGGAAAUGAGGGGGUGUCAUACGGGGUUGAGCGUCCUCCGGUCCCUCCAAGACCCCCAGGGAUGGGUGUGAUGCCUGGGGAUUUGUUGUUGGAGAUGAAGACCAGGUUCCAACGACCUUCGAACUCCAGAACCCCUCCGCCCGUCCUCCACCCCCACCCGCCCUCACCCUUCUCCUCCAACACCACCACCCUCUCGCCCCCCGCCCCUCCUGUUGUCCCACGCAGAUACACCCUGAGCGGGCCGGCUGAUUCCUUCACAGACGCGCCUCUCUGUCCUGAACACCAGAGGGGGCUGGAGUUCUUCUGCCGGACAGACCAGACGUGUGGGUGUGCAGUGUGCAUGGAGGGAGAGCACCAUGGACACCAGGUUAUACCAGCCAAGAGAGAGUGGCUCAUUAAGAAGUCUCAGUUGGAAAUCACAGAGGCAGAGCUGAGGGACAUGAUCACACAGAGAGAAAAGAAGGUGGAGGACAUCAGGACAUCACUGGAGAACAUACAGGUGUGUGCGGAGCAUGAGACAGCAGGCAGCAUGCAUAUGUUCUCUGCCCUGGUGAGCUCUGUGGAGAGGAGCCAGGCAGAGCUGUUGGAGGUGAUAGAGAUGUCACAGCGGGCUGCACAGCACCGAGGACAGACCCUCAUCAGAGACCUAGAGCAGGAGAUCUCUGAGCUGAGGAAGAGAAGCGCUACCCUCACCCAGCUAGCCCAGUCUGACGACUACGUACUUUUCUUCAAGACAUUCUCCACGCCGCCUCAGACCAGGGAUUGGUCGGAUGCUGUUGUGACCUCUGACCUCACCUCAGGGGCGGUGCUUCUGACUGUCAAUCAAAUGGUGGAGCGGUUUCGGGAGGAGCUCAAGAGACUGCCGGAGAUCUGUCUGCGUCCUCAACCUCAAACAGACCAAUCCGUGGGGAGAAAUAUUCCAAGUCUGCGUCCUCAACCUCAACCAGACCAAUCUGUGGGAAGAUGUAGUCCAAGUUUGCUUUCUCAACCAAACUAUGCUGUCGGAAGAAAUAGUCCAAAUUUACCUUCUCAACCAGACCAGUCCCUGGGAAGAAGUAGUCCAAGUUUGCGUUCUCCACCUCCACCAGAACACUCUGUAGGAAGAGAUAGUCCAGGUUUGCAUUCUCCACCUCCACCAGAACACUCUGUAGGAAGAGAUAGUCCAGGUUUGCGUUCUCCACCUCCUCCAGAACACUCUGUAGGAAGUCCAGAUUGGCUUUCUCAACCUCAACCAGACCAGUCAGUGGGAAGAAAUCCAAAACCAAAGGUGAGGAGAGUGCAGGAAUAUGCAGUGGACAUCACCCUGGACCCCCUCACCGCCCACCCACGCCUGCUCAUCUCCGACGACGGCAAGCAGGUGCGCUGCUGGGACCGCUACCAGCCCGUGGCGGACGGCCCCGAGCGCUUUGACCGUGUAGUCUGCGUCCUCGGGCGCCAGGCCUUCUCUUCGGGACGCCAUUACUGGGAGGUGGAGGUGGGUGGGAAGACGGACUGGGACCUGGGCGUGGCUAGCCACUCCAUCAACAGGAAAGGGAAGAUCAUAGUAAGCCCCGCCCACGGCUACUGGUUCCUGAGUCUCCGGGAUAAGAACGACUACGCGUUCCGAACGGAACCAUCGACAGCGCUGGGCCUCAACCACAAACCCAACCGUAUAGGGAUCUACGUAGACUGUGAUAAGGGACAGGUGUCCUUCUAUAACGUGGACGCUAAGAUGCUCAUCUAUACAUUCACCGACAGCUUCUCGGAUGUCAUUCAUCCCUUCUUCAGCCCUUGCACCAAUAAGUCUGGCAGGAACGAGGCGCCGCUCAUCAUUUGUCCUGUCUCGAUGCCUCUGGUGGACUGAGAUGGGUUUUAGUUUUUUUUGUUCAUUCCUAAAGGUAGUUUCCUUCAGUCUGUCCUUGUUCAAUGUUCUUCACUGAGACAAUAGCACGGGACUGGAUAGGUCAAAGCAAUAUGGGGGAAGCUAUAGCUGAUGCGCCCAAUAUACCCAGAUGUCUCAUGUCAACAUAGGGAAGGGAACAAGGCUAGAAGAGAGGGAACAAUUUUCUGGAAUGAAAUACAGUCUCUUAGAACCAUUCAAAAUGACCUCCUGUGUUCUAUGGAGCUGACCAAUGGAUAAUCUGGAUACUGAGUCUGGAUUGGACUGAUCAUUUUGACCAAUACAACCGACUACAGUCCAUCAGUCUGAGAAUUAAGGAUUUCACCAUCUGUCCUCAUCACACGAUGGAUUAAUCUGUCUAUAUAGGGUCAUAUGUGUCUCACAUGGCUCCCUAUUCACAUAUAGUCUGCUUCUUUGACCAGAGCCCCAUGGGUCCUAUGUAUUGCAUUACUAUAGGGAAUAGUGUGUUAUUUGUGACAUAACCACAGUCAUUACAAAUAAAACAUAUUACUUGUACAUUACAAUCCAGUUUUUGAAGAAUGUCCACAAUAAACCAAAUGUAAACUAUGUGGACUGGGAGCCACUGAGUAAGACCCAGAGACAAACACAAAGACAAAGAAUCCUUCAUGAGCCAGUCAAUUUAGUCAUCGUAUUCUACACAGAGUGGACAAAACUUUAAGAACACCUGCUCUUUCCAUGACACAGACUGACCAGGUGAAUCCAGGUGAAAGCUAUGAGCCCUUACUGAUGUCACUUGUUAAAUCCACUUAAAUCAGUGUAGAUGAAGGGGAGGAGACAGGAUAAAUAUGGAUUUUUAAGCCUUGUGACAAUUGAGACAUGGAUUGCGUAUGUGUGCCAUUCAGAGGGUGAAUGGGCAAGACUAAAGAUUUAAGUGCCUUUGAAAGGGGUAUGGUAGUAGGUGCCCGGCUCACCGGUUUGUCUCAAGAACUGCAACGCUGCUGGGUUUUUCACGCUCAACAUAUUGGAUAGCCUGGGGUGAAUGAGACUGAAUACUUUUUGGAAAACUAUAUUAGUGACAGAAUAUAUUUGAAUCAUGUUGUAAUAGGAGUUCAAUUGGAGGCUAAUCUAAUAAAUCAUUGCAUGAAUUUUUCUAAAAUAACCCUGACCUUGAGUUGUCCAUCUUCUUGAACUUU